UAUGACCGAUCUACUGAAAUUCAUAAACAGACAACUUGUUUGACAGCCGAAAAUGACUUUGUUGAUAUAUGAAGUGAUUGUAUUCAGUGAUUGAGCGACCAUUGUGUUUCAUGCAUGGCCGCUGAUUGAGCGCAAGUGCAGGAGGCCGAUAAGCGGUGUCGUUGUUCGAUCACGUCAAGUAAAAAUUAAAAUAAAAUAAUGGGCGUUCAGAACCUGUGGCAGAUUCUUGCUCCCGUGAAAUCUGAGGAAUCCAUUGAGAGUUUGAAAGGGAAGAAGAUAGCAGUGGAUCUAGCGAUAUGGCUGGUGGAGAGUCAAGUCACUGGGAUGAAGAUGAUGCAAGGCAGAGUCAGUAAACCUCAUUUAAGAAAUCUCUUCUUCCGGACAUCCAUUUUUCUACGGCUCGGAGUCAAGCUGGUGUUUGUCAUCGAUGGUACACCGCCAGAGCUGAAGUGGGAGGAGAUCGCCAGAAGAAAUGAAGUAAGGCUUGGAGGAGGAGGAGGAGGAGGAGCCAGAGGAGGACGGGGAGGAUGGAGAGGAAGAGGAAGAGGUGGUGGAGGAGGAGGAGUAAGGAAGGCUUCAAGAUCCCAUUUUACCUGUUGGUUAAAAGAGUGUCAAGAAUUAUUGGAACUGAUGGGAGUGCCGUGCAUCCAGAGCAAGGGAGAAGCAGAAGCUAUGUGUGCUGCACUGAACAGUGCUGGGAUUGUAGAUGGUUGUAUGACUGAGGACGGGGAUGCCUUUCUCUACGGGGCUCGCAUCGUUUAUAGAAACCUCAAUAUGGCCACAGGAAAGGUGGACUGUUACCGUAUGGAUGAUAUAGAGACCAAGCUGGACUUGGAUCGCAGACGGCUCGUAGCGCUCGCCAUCCUCCUAGGGUGUGACUAUCUUCCCAAAGGAGUGCCGGGGGUUGGGAAGGAGGUUGCCAUGAGGUUCAUGAAGUCUCUCCCAAGCUCUGUUGACCCCCUCAACCUAUUCCAGGACUGGAGAGGAGGUUGUGAUUCAACUUGUUUAACAAAUGAGGAACGAGAUGUCAGGAAGAAAUCUGUGAGAGUUGAAGGGUUUCCGAACCAGAAUGUGAUCAAGGAGUUCCUUCAGAAUAAGGAGACACCGCCUACUCAUCACAGUGAAUGGAGAAGACCCCUCCUGCUUCACCUUCAGCAAUUCAACCUGGUCAAAAUGGAAUGGCCCAUCGAGUACACGCAGGAGAAGGUCGUUCCUUUGAUGACCUUGUAUGACCUCACCCAUAUGAACUCUGACCGUAAAGGUCGCCUAACUCCCGCUACAGUCGUAAAACUCCGUGUUCGACAAGGUGUACCGUGUGCGGAGGUCAAAUGGCAUAAGCCUGAAGAAGACAAGGAAAAUGAUGAGGACUGUGAGCCUUUCUAUACGACGGUGGAGGAGAGAGAACUCUUCACAUCGGCCUACCCUGAUGUGAUGGAACAGUUUAUGGUUGCCAUGGAUAUGAAGAAAGCCAAAGGACGAGGGAAGAAGAAAAAGGAGACGUCUUCCUCUACGCAGCAGGAAGGAUCGACGGUGGAUGAUCAUCGUGUUGUCAUGGAUACCGCAUCCGAGCAUCCGUGUGAUGAUUUUCAUGAACCUUUCACCCUUGACCAGGAAAAUCCUCUCAAGGUCGACCAUACACCAUCACAAGCAGAAAGUUGUCAUGGAAACAAGAUAGGGAGUAGAGAACUUGAAUCAUCACAUGGAACAGAUGGUGAUCGUGCUGGAAGACGCAGAGCUCCGUCUCAAGGAGUAACACGUCAUGGUGAUGCCGAUGAGGAGGACAUGCUGAGGAAGUUGAUAAACCUCUCUCUGCAUGAUGGAAGAUUAGAGAUGAUCUUAAAAGGAGGCGGAGGAGGAGGAAUAGAAAGAGGGGGAGGAGGAGCAAGAGUAGAACUAAGAAGAGGAGAAGGAGGAAGAUGUUCUGGAAAAACAGCAGAUGGAGUGCAAGAAGAUGAAACAAGACUAAAGAGGAUACCAAUUAGGGACAAGAAAGCUAAACCAGGAAAAAAAUGCUUGAGUGGAAAAGAUUUGAAUUCGGGAAAAGAAUGUUCAAGAGGAAUUACUCAUGAAGGAAUGUCAUCCUUGAAAAGCAAAUCUCUGCCAGUAGGUCUGGGAACUAAAGAAAGGACAAUGACCAAGGAUAAUGUUCUUGUAACUAAAGUAACUGAAGACAUUGACACUGAAGGAAAAGAAAAGGAGAGGGAUGGGGAGGAAGAAGGAGAAUCUUUUAUAGAGGUUUUACCGUUAUCCCAAAGACUUGGUUGUCAUUCGUUGCGUGGAUUCAUCCCCAACUCUAGGAGAAUCGGAAAUCAAAAUUCAUCAUGUGCCACAUCAAAUGCUGCAAAAAGAAUUGAUCACUUGUCAGAUGAUGAAUCAGAUCCAGAAAUGCAAAGUACAAUACCACAAUUGUGCCAUGAGGAGUCGCAGGACACCAGUCAAGGAGAUAUAAGGUCUCUCGAAUUCACUCUUGCAGACAAUGCUAAAGUGGUGGGAAGGAAAACACAUUCAAGAGAAACCGUUGCUGGAUCAGAACGACCCACUUUGCCCACUGCUGGUGAAUGCUGUAAAGGAAGUUCUCCAGAAAACAUCAUGGAUCAAGGAAAAUCCAUGGCAACAGAAGCUUCAGAAAUCAAUGCCAAACGAUACAUCUCACACCCAAAGGACAGGCUCAAAUCGACUCCAGAUCUAAAGCGUAACCAGGACAUCAAAGUCAGUAAGAUGCACACCCCUUGCCACAAAUCAACUUCUCCAGCAACAUGUGAGGUCAUAGAUCUAACUGAAGACAGUCCCUUAAAGGAUCAACCCAUGUCAGCCCACUCAGCUGUACAUUCUGUAGAGGAAGUGGAAGAAACCGACCAUCAGUCACCCAAUGCAAGGGCCCUAGGUGUUCAGUCCAGGAGCUUGUCUGAAAAGGAAGGUGACAAUAACAGUACCUACUUUGAUGAAGACAUCCCUUACUUCCAAGAAAAGCCUGUUCAUGAGAGACUACUCCAAAUAUCAGUUAGUAAUGGAAACUCAACUUAUAAUGCCAAGAAGAAUGAAUCAACAUUCAUGAAGUUGGACAAUAGUUUGGCAAAGUUCAUGAACGAACUGAGCCUGGUUUCAAAUUCGUCAUCACUAGCUGCCAGCUUUGAGGAAAUUGAUGAUUCUGUGUUCAUCGUUGAGGAUGAGGAACCUUGUUUAGAUGAUGAUAAACAAGAGAGAACCCAUUUGGAGAAAAAUAAUGAAGAGAAAAAGAUGGAAUUCGUCAAUGUGUGUCAAGGGACUGUACGGAACGUUUCUGGCAAAGUUCAAGAAAGCUAUUCGUCGUCAGAGGUCAGCCUUGGGGUUCCUGAAGGAAUCUGUGUGGUUCCAGAGAAAGAGGUGGAUACAAAGAUCACAGAGAGUGAGCUGCCAGUUCAAGGAGAGGUACAGGAAAGUACAGACCUUCGCAGCAGAGAAACUAACAAUUUCCAUGUGGUCUCAGACUCCAAGACGUCUGGUAAUCUGGAUUCUUUAGCGGUAACUGAGCAAGCCUGUUCGGGCAAAUCGGAAGGUGGGGAGCUGUUAAUGAAACAGACAAAGAACAAUAGUGGAGAGAUUCUAGAUCAAAUGAUAUCUGGUUCUCUUGAUUCUUCUGAAGCUGCAGUGCAGGAAACCUGUGAACCACAACAAGACAAAGGAGUGGUUGCUCAUCCAAGCAUCUCCUGUGAUGUAAUGGGGAACAUGUCCCCUUCUGUACAUGUAGAAACGAAGAGAACAAAAUCUAGGAAAGGGAGAAUAGGCAAGACAAAGAAAAUGCAUAAGUUACAUGAUAGUGUUCUAAUUGAAAAUGGUUUGAUGAAGAUCCUUCAGAUGAUGAGUCCAGUGACUUGUCUCUCCCGUUCUGGACGUCGACGAGAAACCAGUCAAUUGUCAGAGGUAGCUCAGGCAAGCGAAGAUCCUUGUUCACAAACAUCAUGUUUAGCUUCCCAAAACGGAAGACCAUGUCCAGAAUUAGCCAUUCUUUCACCAUCUUUAUCAUCAUCAUCAGCAACAGCAUCAUCAUCAUUUACUACAUCUGGAUCUACAUCUAUAGUCACCCCAAACUUGCCAGGGCCAGAUGUUACUACCACUUCAGGACAGACUCCUUUGUCCAUUCCAGAAGAGCCACUGGCCAUUCUUGCCAAUUCUGCCACAGGAGCACAUACUGUGUCUCCUUGUACCAAGUCAUCUCAUUUACUCAGAGGACAACUCCUGUCAAUGUUGAGCCAACUAACUCCUGGUGAUUCCCCUAUGAUGGGUGCCAAAGUACUACAGAAGCCUCCAAAAUUUAGGCCACCCUGCGUUGGACGCCAUGGAUUCAGUAGUAAAGCUAAGCAACGAAUCCAUUCCGAAUCUGUCCAAGAUGGUCCUAAAUGUACUCCUUACAGUGAUAUCCUCAGGGAAUCAACUCAGACCAUUACUGAUCAAAUAAUUGGUGUUUGUGAAUCUACUUCAGUUAAGUCAAACACGUCUUUGGAAGGAACAAACUCUCCACCCAAAGUUUGCAUAGGAGAUUCAAGUUCUUCAAUCCAAGAGUCCCGUUCGAUAAGGACCAGAGCUGUUUCUACGACAGUCGAUGAGCCCAGGCCCAAGCCAAAACCAAGAAGUCUUUCCCAGCCAUCUAGAACGGUUCUUAGUGUAAAUGCCAAGAGAAACAGAUCAAAACACAAGAGCUGUUCUCAGCCUGUGGGGUCACGGAAUAGGUCAAGAUCGAAGACGUCUCUGAAGGGUUUCCAGAGACGAGAAUCUAUGGUAGCAAUGGAAUGCAAUCUGGCCAAGAUCCUGGAAGGCCUGAGCCCUGUAUGAAUUAAUCAUGCAUGUGUUUCUUACUCUUAAAGAUAAAGUUGAGUUCUGGUCAUGCGACUGCGUUGUGGAAUCGAUCAGAAAAGGUUGAUCAUCUAGCAUAUAUGUACUGCAAGG